AUGCCGCUUAUACGCUUACAUCCUCAUUUGUUCUCGGACCUUCCGGCUCAUCCUUCUCUCCCGGACAAUGCCUCCCGACCAGAUCUCCAAUUGUUCAUUCGUAUCGCCGUUCGGGAAGCUAUCGAGCUUCUCCACUCCGUCCCCUCGUCAUUCAAAGAAGACCCCGAGAUGCGCGUCUCGAAACCAGCUAUCGCUAAAGUAAAGCUUUUCCGAAAUUGGCGCAAGCUUUCAGACGAAGAUGUCAGUGAAAAAGACAACAAACCCGAGUUCUGGGUAUGUCGACAGAGCGAACAUCCCAGUUUCGAAGUCCCCGGCACAGCGUCAUGGCCCGAAUUCCAGGCUGGCCUAAGGACGAAUCAUGCAGAAAAUGAGAUGGAAUACACACCCAGUGUCACUCACGUAGAGAGUCUCCUUGCUUGGGAGCGAGCCCAAACCGGAGAGGCUGAAGUCAAUGGGCUCAUCUACAAGGAUAUUGAUGUUGAAAUCAACCUGAUCACCCACACUUUCCAUCCGACUGCCAUCAUUUCUCCCCGCAGUUUCAUCUCUUUGACGAUCUCCGCUUCGUACGAUUGUCCGACGCCGACGCAGGCUGACGAGGUUCUUCGAGGACUUCCAAUUCAGGGCUUUAUUACCAUCCAAAUUCCUCUUUCCUGGGAUGAAUCAUCCACGCCAGAGAACUUGCGCCAAAAGAUUGCCUUUGUUUCACCCAAGAAGGCCAUCUUCGCCAACUACGCCAGUGUGGAGCUAGUCAACUACCUAACUCCCCGGGAUAAUAAAACCAGUCGCGUCGAAUGGACGAUGGCUACGACUUCGGACGCGAAGGGAAAGAUCCCACAAUGGGUUCAGAGAAGCUGGGCACUGGGUGGGGUGCCGCGCGCUGUGGUGGCUGAUGUUGGCUUGUUCAUGAAAUGGACCGAGGCACGCCGAGGACCUCAACAUUGA